UACAGAAGAAAAUAAUAAAAAAAAAAACAAGAGAAAAGGAAAAUAGGAAAUUCCAAUUUCCAUGUCCCAGCCAGGGAGCGCGUAUUUAAGGCAGCCAGACUGGGAGUUCCCACGGAUUGUCUUUGUCGCCGUAUUGUCGUAGGAUUCCGGUGAAAAAUUGCCGGAUUCCUUAACUCUCCGGCAGCUUCCAGUUUCAUGCGGGGGCGGAGUUAUCGGAAUCGCUGUUCUUGGAGAUAGAUUUCUCGUCUAAUUGCAAAGAGAGAAAAAAAAGGGAAAAGAUAUAUAAAUAGAUGAUCGCAAAUAAAUUACCGUUCAAAGGACGCAAUUUCUGCUCAUUGUUACCCGUCAAAUAGAAUCAAGUUUCGCCGCCUGGUUUUCCGGCGAACCACCAUCACCACUACCGCCGCAACCAUCAAGACGGAUAUUGGUUUUGAACUUUUAAUAACUAGUUCUUUGUCUUCUUCCGGCGCACAGUAAUUCCGUGUUUCGGAAUGAUCUGAUCGUCAGAUCCUUCAUGCAUCCUUUCUGCUGCGUCUCCACCGUCUCCGAACGAAACCAGGCAGCGACGUCAUCUCCGUUAACGGACUUCUUUGACAUGCCUCCGCAUCCACCGUCCGCCACUCGCAGCCGUGAUACGUCUCCUCAUGGCGCUUCUGUCAAUCUCAACGGCAAUAACGUCAAUGGCUUUCGAGGCAACGGCGUGAACCACAACUGCGGGAAUAGCAAUAACAACGGCGGAGAUCACGGCCGGACGAUGCAGCGAGUAGUUCCGUCGACGAACGACUUCUCGUCUAGGCCGCCGUCAACGAACGAUCCCCAGCUGUUGUUGGGGGAUCACCGGGAGGUCAAGAUCAACGACAUCGUCGGGAAUGGAAUCUCCGGGAUUCUUAAUAAGUGGGUGAAUUACGGGAAAGGUUGGCGGCCUCGGUGGUUCGUGCUCCAGGAUGGCGUUCUGUCGUACUACAAGAUCCAUGGUCCUGAUAAGAUCGUUGUCAAUAAAGAAACUGAGAAAGGAUCAAAAGUCAUCGGUGAAGAAUCGAUCCGUCGUGUCUCCCGCUCCAAGAACGGCCAAACCCAACGAAGUCGCAAGGCAUUCGGUGAAAUUCACCUCAAGGUUUCUUCAAUUCGGGAGAGCAAGUCGGACGACAAGAGGUUCUCGAUUUUUACUGGGACAAAGAGGCUGCAUUUGAGAGCGGAGACAAGGGAAGAUCGAGCUGCAUGGAUGGACGCAUUGCAGGCGGUGAAGGACAUGUUCCCGCGGAUGUCGAACAGCGAGCUAAUGGCUCCUGUAGACAAUGUUUCUGUCUCAACGGAGAAGUUGAGACAGCGGCUAUUGGACGAGGGCGUUAACGAGUCGGCGAUUCAGGAGAGCGAGCAGAUCAUGAGGAACGAAUUCUCGGCGCUGCAGAACCAGCUCGUACUCCUCAAACAGAAACAAGUGCUCCUCCUUGACACACUGCGGCAGUUAGAGACAGAAAAAGUUGAUUUGGAGAAUACACUUGUUGAUGAGAGCCAAAGACAAUCAAAGGAACAUGAGUCUUCAAAUAGAUCAAGACAAGAAAAAUAUAGUGAAGGAAGUGCUACUGAAUCUGAGGAUGACAAUGAAAGACCUGAUGCUGCAGAGGAAGAAACAGAUGAUGAUGACAACACUUUCUUUGAUACACGUGAUUUUCUUUCAUCAAGCUCCUUUAAAAGCAGUGCAUCUGAUUUCCGGAGAUCAUCAUUUGAUUCUGAUGAUGAAGAGCUUUAUGCUGUUGAUUCUGAGGAUGAUAUUGAUAGUUCAAUUAAAUCUGUUGGUACUAACUAUCCUUAUGUGAGGCGGCGCAAGAAAUUGCCUAACCCAAUUGAAAAAGAGAAGGGAGUUAGCUUAUGGUCGAUGAUUAAAGAUAACAUUGGGAAGGAUCUCACAAAAGUUUGUCUUCCUGUUUACUUUAAUGAGCCACUCUCUUCUUUGCAAAAAUGUUUUGAAGAUCUGGAAUACUCUUACCUUAUUGACCGGGCCAAUGAAUGGGGUAGAAGGGGUAAUAGCCUUAUGAGGAUUCUAAAUGUAGCAGCAUUUGCUGUCUCUGGAUAUGCCUCUACUGAAGGAAGACACUGCAAGCCCUUUAAUCCACUUUUGGGGGAGACAUAUGAAGCUGAUUAUCCAGAUAAAGGCCUCCGAUUUUUUUCAGAGAAGGUAAGCCAUCACCCGAUGAUUGUUGCAUGCCAUUGUGAGGGCAGGGGUUGGAAAUUUUGGGCUGACAGCAAUCUAAAAAGCAAAUUUUGGGGUCGUUCUAUUCAGCUUGAUCCUGUUGGUGUUCUAACUCUAGAGUUUGAUGAUGGAGAAGUUUUUCAGUGGAACAAGGUCACAACAUCCAUUUACAACCUUAUAUUGGGAAAGCUUUACUGCGAUCACUAUGGUACAAUGCGUAUACAAGGGAACCAUGAAUACUCAUGCAAGCUAAAAUUCAAAGAGCAGUCAAUCAUAGACAGAAAUCCUCAUCAGGUACAUGGUAUUGUGCAAGAUAAGAAUGGAAAAACAGUAGCCACUCUAUUUGGAAAAUGGGAUGAGAGCAUGUAUUAUGUGAACGGAGACUGUUCUGGGAAAGGAAAAGGAUCGGAACCAUUGUCUUCAGCCCAUAUGCUGUGGAAACGGAGCAUGCCGUCCAAGUAUUCCACCAGAUACAACUUGACACGCUUUGCCAUUACACUAAAUGAGCUUACUCCUGGUUUGAAGGAGAAGUUGCCUCCCACAGAUUCAAGGCUAAGACCUGACCAAAGGUGCCUUGAGAAUGGGGAAUAUGACUUGGCAAAUGCAGAAAAGUUGCGGCUAGAACAGAGGCAACGACAGGCAAGGAAAAUGCAAGAGAGGGGUUGGAAGCCGCGUUGGUUUGCCAAGGAAAAGGGAAGUGAUACAUACUGCUAUGUUGGUGGGUACUGGGAGGCUAGAGAACAGGGGAACUGGGACUCCUGUCCUGAUAUCUUUGGUCAAGUCCCAUCAGAUCAAAUGCUCGACUAAGUUGAAGGCUGACAACGGGAGCUGCUUAUCAUGACCUUUCCCAACAAUUUUUUCUAUUACUGGAGUGGAUUGGCUAUCGAUGCUCGCCAUUUUCGAGCAUUUGAGAUGUCAAUUGUAUCCAUGUAAGCAGAGUAGAUUAGGGUGUUGGAAUUCAAUAAAAGAAUUCUUUCUCUCUCUCUCUCAUACACGCGUAUGGUUUAAGGUUUUCCAGGUCUUUCAGGUCA